CUUUGCCCGGAGGAGGGACUUCCGGUUACUUCUGAGACUCCUGGAAAGGAAGGGAAGGGCGGUCCGCGGCGUGCCGGCGAGGGGCGGGGGCCUUCUCCCCAUCCCGUUUUAUUUCGCGGCAAAUGCGCUGCCGCGGCCGCCGUGGUGGCUAAGGGCGGGCGGAAGCUCCCACGGGUAACAACCCUGUCGUGUAGGCCGGGGAUCCGGAGCUUGACAAGGCCCGAGAAAUUAGCCCCCGGAAGUCGCCCUUCAUGCCCGGUUCUAGGCGCUCGAUCUCUAUGGUUUGGGUCCGGAAAAGGAACGCGUAGGAAAGCGCAGUCGGCGCAGAGCCGGAGGCGCCCCGGCUGUGCCGGGUUCCGCUCGCCCGUAACCAGCCAGGCCUUCUCGAAGGCCAAGGGGCGGCCUAGCCGGCCUACCAGCCGGCAGUACUUAGCUGCAAGCGCCGCUUCCGAGCCGGGAGGGAGGAGGGAGGCGCGCCUUGCCCGAGUCGGGCAGCGAUCGCUGCGGAGCUCAGCAGCCUCCUCCCCCCGCCCCGCCCCCGGGGCCUGGAUGUUUUGCGAAAGAGGCGCCGGGCUGGAAGGGUCCAAGUCCCCCACGUGCACCAUGCAGGUCAGCUUCGUGUGCCAGCGCUGCAGCCAGCCCCUGAAGCUGGACACUUCCUUCAACGUCCUGGACAAAGUCACCAUCCAAGAGCUGACAGCACCUCUGCUUACUGCUGUUCCAGCGAAACUAGGGGAUGCACACGAGGAAGAGACAACGUUGACAGAGGAAGCCUUUGUUGAAAACCGCCAGGAUGGUGUGUCCCGAAGAUUCAUCCCUCCUGCCAGGAUGAUGUCAACAGAGAGUGCCAACAGCUUUACUCUGAUCGGAGAGGCCUCUGAUGGAGGCACCAUGGAAAACCUCAGCAGAAGACUCAAGGUUACAGGUGACCUGUUUGACAUCAUGUCUGGGCAGACUGAUGUCGACCAUCCUCUCUGUGAAGAAUGCACUGACACGCUUCUGGACCAGCUGGACACCCAGCUCAACAUCACAGAGAACGAAGAGCGAGAUAGUCAAAGGAACUUCUUCCACAAGCACUGCUUAGAAAUUCUGGAACAGAUGAACGAGGACGACAAGGAGAAGCUGCAGCUGGAGCUGAAAGAACUUGCCCUUGAGGAAGAGAGGUUGAUUGAGGAGCUGGAGGCGGUGGAGCAGAAGCGCAGAACCAUGGCGGAGGCCUUUGAGAAGGUCAGGGCUGAGGCGGAACAGCUGGACCAAGAGGAAGUGGAGUACCAGAAGGAGUACAGCGAGUUCAAGCGGCAACAGCUGGAACUGGACGAUGAACUGAAAAGUGUGGAUAACCAGAUGCGCUAUGCCCAAAUGCAGCUGGACAAGCUAAAGAAAACCAAUGUAUUUAAUGCCACCUUCCAUAUCUGGCACAGCGGCCAGUUUGGCACCAUCAACAACUUCCGCCUGGGUCGCCUCCCCAGUGUGCCUGUGGAGUGGAACGAGAUCAGUGCCGCUUGGGGACAGACUGUGCUGCUUCUCCACGCUCUUGCCAAUAAAAUGGGCCUAACCUUUCAGAGGUACCGCCUCAUCCCGUAUGGAAACCACUCUUAUCUGGAGUCUCUUACAGACAAAUCCAAGGAAUUGCCCCUUUACUGUUCAGGCGGCUUGCGGUUUUUCUGGGACAACAAAUUCGACCACGCCAUGGUAGCGUUCCUGGAUUGUGUGCAGCAGUUCAAAGAGGAGGUGGAAAAGGGCGAGACCCGCUUCUGUUUGCCUUACAGAAUGGAUGUAGAGAAGGGCAAGAUCGAAGACACGGGCGGGAGCGGUGGAUCGUACUCCAUUAAGACGCAGUUCAACUCUGAGGAGCAGUGGACAAAAGCCCUGAAGUUCAUGCUGACCAACCUGAAGUGGGGCCUGGCCUGGGUCUCCUCCCAGUUCUACAAUAAAUGACGGAGAGCGGAAGGGGGGGGGGGGGGCGUCUCAGAGUAGAGCCGCUGGUUGUGUUAAGGCUGGCAAAAGCAGCGUUUGUCCCGUAACCUUCCUACAUCUAUGACUAUACAACCAAAAAAAAACCCCACAACAAAAACUGUAAGACAUUUUUUAAAGUUUCACUGUCAAGUAGAAUGAGGCCAAAUGGCUGGAUUGUCCCUGCCGUGACGUUGCAAUUCAGCAGCGAGGAGGAGGCUGGGCUCAGCUGGGGCUAGCAAAGGAGACUGGGCCCUUUCUGAGAAGUCUUGGCAGACAGCUGUGCCCUCAUUAGUGCCGGCAGUCUGGUCACUGCACAGAGGUACACAAGCAAGCGCAAAAAUAAAUGAAACCCAGUUUGUAACCUG